AUGUUGAGAGGCAGAAUUGGCAAAUGGAUUUUGGCCUUAACAGAAUUUGCUUUCAUAUAUGUCCAUCAGAAGGCUGUCAAAUGGCAAGUUGUGGCAAAUUUCGUGGAUAAUCAUCCAGGAGAGGAGAUUGAAAACAUGGAUUCCAUGGAUAUAGUAAAUGCAAAUAUAUUGACUAGAGCUUAUACUUGUCUCAACCAUCCCAUCUACUCAGUCCACCUCACCCCUUGGAAACUGUACUCUGAUGGAUCCAAAACUGACUUAGCCUCUGGAGCAGGGAAUUAG